AUGAAGAUCAUAUUUCUUGUGAUUCACAUUAGCAUGUUGCUACAUGUUGUUUUCUCUGCUCAGGGUCGUUUUGCUCAAAAACUGCUGAACGACCUGAUGGAGAACUAUUCUAACGCUUUACGGCCUGUGGAGGACACAGACAAAGCCCUUAAUGUCACUCUACAGAUCACACUCUCACAGAUCAAAGAUAUGGAUGAAAGGAACCAGGUGCUGACCACAUACCUGUGGGUGCGUCAGAUCUGGCAUGAUGCUUAUCUGUGCUGGGAUAAAGAUGAGUAUGAUGGACUUGAGGUCAUUCGAAUACCCGGCAACCUUGUUUGGAGACCAGACAUCGUUCUGUAUAACAAUGCGGAUGAGGAGGACUCCUCGGGACCCCCAGACACGAAUGUGGUGUUGCGGUAUAAUGGUGAGAUCACUUGGGACUCCCCUGCCAUCACUAAGAGUUCCUGUAGCAUCAGAAAAUACUACAUUGCAACUAUGACCAUGAUAACAGCCUCUACAUCUUUGACUAUCUUUAUCAUGAAUAUACACUUCUGUGGAGCGGAAGCCAAACCUGUGCCCCACUGGGCCAAAGUCCUGAUAAUCGACUACAUGUCAAAGAUCUUCUUUGUGUAUGAGGUAGGAGAGAACUGCACCACAGCUGAAAGCGACCGAGGCCCGUUGUUCUCUGAGGACCCACUGGCUAGCUUGGAGAGAGAUGGGUAUUUUGACAAAGGAUUUUAUGGAGACUGUCACCAUGAUGAGAGAAACCACAGUCAGUUUAACGGCUACAGCCACAGAGACCACCGGCAUGGGAAUGGGUACCGUCGCAACAACAGUGCCUAUCGGCAUCAUAGGCAUGACCAGCAAAGGAGGACCCGCUCAUCUUCAAAUUCCCCUAUCCGACAUCCGAAAUACACACACUACAUUGGUCGAGAUGGAAGCGAAAAGCUCCCACUAACAAGCCAGGAGAAACUCAAAGAUAGCGAACUCUCCAUUCCAGAAAAACUUAAUGGAUACACCUACGAUCACGGCAAUGGCUAUCUCAAUGGAGUCGCCUAUCACCACGAUAACAGCUACAGCAAAACCUUUGGAGCAGAUAGUUGCAAUAAGACCACCAGUGGCACAGGAUCUGUAUGCGCCUGUGGCCAACAUCAGAAAGUGGUGCGAAACAUUGAGUACAUAGCUAACUGUUUCAGAGAGCAGAGGGCACACCAGGCCAAAGGGGCCGAGUGGAAGAAGGUUGCCAAGGUGAUGGACAGAUUCUUCAUGUGGGUGUUUUUCAUCAUGGUCUUCCUCAUGAGCAUCCUUGUCAUGGCCAAGGCAACCUAG